AAUUUUAUUCAAAGUGAGAAGAACCCAGCAAAAUGGGGAUCUCCAGAGUCAUCCUUGAGAUGUGUCUAUUGGGUCAAGUUCUGUCUUCAGCUUCUUCGAGUUCCACAGAGGAGCCCCCGACGAUGGCCACAGAAGGUUUCAGGACCCAAGGGAAUUUGGAUGUGAGGCUGGUGAAUGGAGGUGACCGCUGUCAGGGCCGGUUGGAGGUUCUCUACAAAGGCUCCUGGGGCACCGUGUGUGACGACGAUUGGGACAUCAAGGAUGCCAAUGUGGUGUGCAGGCAGCUGGGCUGUGGCUCAGCCACAUCGGCUCCAGGAAGUGCCCGGUUUGGACAGGGCUCAGACCCCAUUGUCUUGGACGAUGUGCGUUGCUCAGGGAAUGAGUCCUACCUGUGGAGCUGCCCACACCGAGGCUGGAACUCACACAACUGUAACCACGGGGAGGAUGCAGGUGUCAUCUGCUCAGGGUUUGGGACUGAAGGGAACUGGGCCCUGAGGCUGGUGAAUGGAAAUGACCAGUGUCAGGGCCGGUUGGAGGUUCUCUACCAAGGCUCCUGGGGGACCGUGUGUGACGACGAUUGGGACAUCAACGAUGCCAAGGUGGUGUGCAGGCAGCUGGGCUGUGGCUUGGCCUCGUCAGCUCCGGGAAGUGCCCGGUUCGGCCGGGGCUCGGGGCCCAUUGUCCUGGACGACGUGGGCUGCUCAGGGAAUGAGUCCUACCUGUGGAGCUGCCCACACCGAGGCUGGAACUCGCACAACUGUAACCACGGGGUGGAGGCUGGUGUCAUCUGCCAAGGGUUCGAGACUGAAUUGAGUUUGUCCCUGAGGCUGGUGAAUGGAGGCGACCGCUGUCAGGGCCGGGUAGAGGUCCUCUACAAAGGCUCCUGGGGGACCGUGUGUGACGACGACUGGGACAUCAAUGACGCCAACGUAGUGUGCAGGCAGCUGGGCUGUGGCUUGGCCAUGUCAGCUCCGGGAAGUGCCCGGUUCGGUCAGGGCUCAGACCCCAUUCUCCUGGACAAUGUUGGCUGCUCAGGGAAUGAGUCCUACCUGUGGAGCUGCUCACAUGGAGGCUGGCAGUCACACAACUGUAACCAUGGGGAGGAUGCCAGCAUCAUCUGCUCAGGGUUCAGGACAGAAGGGACUUUGGAACUGAGGCUGGUGAAUGGGAGUGACCGGUGUCAGGGCCGGGUGGAGGUUCUGUACAAUGGCACCUGGGGGACUGUGUGUGAUGAUGAUUGGGACAUCAAGGAUGCCAACAUGGUGUGCAAGCAGCUGGGCUGUGGCUUGGCCAAGUCAGCUCCACAAAGUGCCCGAUUUGGUCAGGGCUCAGGGCCAAUUCUCCUGGACAAUGUGGGCUGUUCAGCACAAGAGUCCCACCUGUGGAGCUGCCCUCACGGAGGCUGGAACACACACAACUGUAACCAUGGGGAGGACGCUGGUGUCAUCUGCUCAGGGGUUGGAACCAAUUGGACUUUGGACCUGAGGCUGGUCAAUGGAGGUGACCGGUGUCAGGGCCGGGUGGAGGUUCUUUACCAAGACUCCUGGGGGACUGUGUGUGAUGAUGACUGGGACAUCAAUGAUGCCAAUGUGGUGUGCAGGCAGCUGGGCUGUGGCUGGGCCACAUUGGCUCUGGGAAGUGCCCGGUUCGGUCAGGGCUCAGGGCCCAUUGUCCUGGACGAUAUGCGCUGCUCAGGGCACGAGUCCUACCUUUGGAGCUGCCCACACCAAGGCUGGAACUCACACAACUGUCACCACGUGGAGGAUGCAAGUGUCAUCUGCUCAGCUGCUCAGUCCCACCCGACAUUGUGGCCAGACACACGGCCAAGCACGUCCAUGCCUUCAACACCAUCAAGCACAGACUCAGUGUUUGGGACUGGAGGCGCAUUGGACCUGAUGCUGGUGAAUGGGAGUGACCGCUGUCAGGGCCGGUUGGAGGUUCUCUACAAAGGCUCCUGGGGCACCGUGUGUGACGACGAUUGGGACAUCAAGGAUGCCAAUGUGGUGUGCAGGCAGCUGGGCUGUGGCUCAGCCACAUCGGCUCCAGGAAGUGCCCGGUUUGGACAGGGCUCAGACCCCAUUGUCUUGGACGAUGUGCGUUGCUCAGGGAAUGAGUCCUACCUGUGGAGCUGCCCACACCGAGGCUGGAACUCACACAACUGUAACCACGGGGAGGAUGCAGGUGUCAUCUGCUCAGGGUUUGGGACUGAAGGGAACUGGGCCCUGAGGCUGGUGAAUGGAAAUGACCAGUGUCAGGGCCGGUUGGAGGUUCUCUACCAAGGCUCCUGGGGGACCGUGUGUGACGACGAUUGGGACAUCAACGAUGCCAAGGUGGUGUGCAGGCAGCUGGGCUGUGGCUUGGCCUCGUCAGCUCCAGGAAGUGCCCGGUUCGGUCGGGGCUCGGGGCCCAUUGUCCUGGACGACGUGGGCUGCUCAGGGAAUGAGUCCUACCUGUGGAGCUGCCCACACCGAGGCUGGAACUCGCACAACUGUAACCACGGGGCAGAUGCCAGCGUCAUCUGUGCAGGGUUUGAGACCGAAUUGAGUUUGGCCCUGAGGCUGGUGAAUGGAGGUGACCGCUGUCAGGGUCGGGUGGAGGUUCUCCACAAAGGCUCAUGGGGGACUGUGUGUGACGACGACUGGGACAUCAAGGAUGCCAAUGUGGUGUGCAGGCAGCUGGGCUGUGGCUCAGCCACAGCAGCUCCAGGAAGUGCCCGGUUCGCUCAGGGCUCAGACCCCAUUCUCCUGGACAAUGUUGGCUGCUCAGGAAAUGAGUCCUACUUGUGGAGCUGCCCACACAGAGGCUGGAACUCACACAACUGUAACCACGGGGAGGACGCUGGUGUCAUCUGCUCAGGGGUUGGAACCGAAGGGACUUUGGACCUCAGGUUGGUGAAUGGAGGUGACCGCUGUCAGGGCCGAGUGGAGGUUCUCUACAAAGGCACCUGGGGGACUGUGUGUGAUGAUGAUUGGGACAUCAAGGAUGCCAACAUGGUGUGCAAGCAGCUGGGCUGUGGCUUGGCCAAGUCAGCUCCACAAAGUGCCCGAUUUGGUCAGGGCUCAGGGCCAAUUCUCCUGGACAAUGUGGGCUGUUCAGCACAAGAGUCCCACCUGUGGAGCUGCCCACACCGAGGCUGGAACAUUCAAAACUGUAACCACGGGGAAGAUGCUAGUGUCAUCUGCUCAGGGUUCAGGACUGAUUGGACUUUGGACCUGAGGCUGGUCAAUGGAGGUGACCGGUGUCAGGGCCGAUUGGAAGUUCUCUACCAAGGCUCCUGGGGGACUGUGUGUGAUGACUAUUGGGACAUCAAUGAUGCCAAUGUGGUAUGCAGGCAGCUGGGCUGCGGCUGGGCCAUGUUAGCUCUGGGAAAUGCCUCGUUUGGUCAGGGCUUGGGGCCAAUUCUCCUGGACGACGUGCACUGCUCAGGGCAUGCAUCCCACCUAUGGAGCUGCCCGCACCGAGGCUGGAACUCACACAACUGUCAUCAUGGGGAGGAUGCUGGCAUCAUCUGCUCAGCUGCUCAGUCCCAUAUGACAUUGUGGCCAGACACUAGGCCAAGUACUUCCAUGCCUUCAACACCAGCAAGAACCAGCCCAGGUUUUGGGACCAGAGGAUCUUUGGACUUGAGGCUGGUGAACGGGAGUGACCGGUGUCAGGGCCGGUUGGAGGUUCUCUACCAAGGCUCCUGGGGGACUGUGUGUGAUGACGAUUGGGACACCAAGGAUGCCAACGUGGUGUGCAGGCAGCUGGGCUGUGGCUGGGCCUCAUCAGCUCCGGGAAGUGCCCGGUUUGGUCGGGGCUCGGGGUCCAUUGUCCUGGACGAUGUGCGUUGCUCGGGGAAUGAGUCCUACCUGUGGAGCUGCCCACACAGAGGCUGGAACUCGAACAACUGUGACCAUGGGGAGGAUGCUGGCGUCAUCUGCUCAGGGUUCGGGACUGCAGAAAAUUGGGCCCUAAGGCUGGUGAACGGAGGUGAACGGUGUCAGGGCCGGGUGGAGGUCCUCUACCGAGGUUCCUGGGGGACCGUGUGUGAUGACGACUGGGACAUCAACGACGCCAAUGUGGUGUGCAGACAGCUGGGCUGUGGCUUGGCCUUGUCAGCUUCGGGAAGUGCCCGGUUUGGUCAGGGCUCGGGGCCCAUUGUCCUGGACAACAUGCGCUGCUCAGGGAAUGAGUCCUACCUGUGGAGCUGCCCACACCAAGGCUGGAACUUGAACAACUGUCACCAUGGGGAGGAUGCCGGCGUCAUUUGCUCAGGGUUUGAGACUGAAUCAAAUUUGGCUCUGAUGCUGGUGAAUGGAGCUGACCGCUGUCAGGGCCGGUUGGAGGUUCUCUACAAAGGCUCCUGGGGGACCGUGUGUGAUGACGAUUGGGACAUCAAUGAUGCCAACGUGGUGUGCAGACAGCUGGGCUGUGGCCUGGCCACAUCAGCUCCUGGAAGUGCCCGGUUCGCUCAGGGCUCAGGGCCCAUUGUCCUGGACAAUGUGGGUUGUUUAGGGAAUGAGUCCUACCUGUGGAGCUGCCCACACCAAGGCUGGAUCUCACACAACUGUAACCACGGGGAGGACGCUGGCGUUAUCUGCUCAGGAUUCGGGACAGAAGGCACUUUGGACCUGAGGCUGGUGAAUGGAGGUGACCGGUGUCAGGGCCGGGUAGAGAUUCUCUACAAAGGCUUCUGGGGGACCGUGUGUGAUGAUGAUUGGGACAUCAAGGAUGCCAACAUGGUGUGUAAGCAACUGGGUUGUGGCUUAGCUAAGUCGGCUCCACAAAGUGCCCGAUUUGGUCAGGGCUCAGGGCCAAUUCUCCUGGACAAUGUGGGCUGUUUGGGGCAUGAGUCCCACCUAUGGAGCUGCCCUCACCGAGGCUGGAACACACACAACUGUAACCAUGGGGAGGACGCUAGUGUCAUCUGCUCAGGUUUGGGGACUCACUGGAAUUUGGACCUGAGGCUGGUGAAUGGAGGUGACCGGUGUCAGGGCCGGGUGGAAGUUCUCUACCAAGGUGCCUGGGGGACUGUGUGUGAUGAUGACUGGGACAUCAAUGAUGCCAACGUGGUCUGCAGGCAGCUGGGCUGUGGCUGGGCAACAUCGGCCAUAGGAAGUGCCUGGUUCGGUCAAGGCUCAGGGCCCAUUCUUCUGGAUGACUUGCGCUGCACACAGCAUGCACCCUUUCUUUGGACCUGUGCACACCAAGGCUGGAACUCGCACAACUGUCAUCACAAGGAAGAUGCAGGGGUCAUCUGCUCAGCCGCUCAGUCCCAUACGACAUCACGGCCAGACACACGGCCAAGCACUUCCAUGCCUUCAACACCAUCAAGCACAGACUCAGGGCAUAGGACAAAUUGGACUUUGGAUCUGAGGCUGGUUAAUGGGAGCGACCGUUGUCAGGGCCGGGUGGAGGUUCUCUACGAAGGCUCCUGGGGGACUGUGUGUGAUGACUACUGGGACAUCAGUGAUGCCAGCGUGGUGUGCCGGCAGCUGGGCUGUGGUUGGGCCAUUUCAGCUCCAGGAAGUGCCCAGUUUGGUCAGGGCUCAGGGCCCAUUCUCCUGGACGAUGUGCUCUGUUCAGGGCAGGAGUCCUUCCUAUGGAGCUGCUUGCACCGAAGUUGGAACUCACACAGUUGUAACCACGGGGAGGAUGCUGGUGUCAUCUGCUCAGAUGGCCUGGCAAAUGCCACUCACUCCCAUACGACAUCACGUCCAGACACGUGGCUGAGCACUUCCCUGUCAACAGCAGCAAGCACAGACUCAGGCACACGGCCAAGCACUUCCAUGCCUUCAACACCAUCAAGCACAGACUCAGGGCAUAGGACAAAUUGGACUUUGGAUCUGAGGCUGGUUAAUGGGAGCGACCGUUGUCAAGGCCGGGUGGAGGUUCUCUACGAAGGCUCCUGGGGGACUGUGUGUGAUGACUACUGGGACAUCAGUGAUGCCAGCGUGGUGUGCCGGCAGCUGGGCUGUGGUUGGGCCAUUUCAGCUCCAGGAAGUGCCCAGUUUGGUCAGGGCUCAGGGCCCAUUCUCCUGGACGAUGUGCUCUGUUCAGGGCAGGAGUCCUUCCUAUGGAGCUGCUUGCACCGAAGUUGGAACUCACACAGUUGUAACCACGGGGAGGAUGCUGGUGUCAUCUGCUCAGAUGGCCUGGCAAAUGCCACUCACUCCCAUACGACAUCACGUCCAGACACAUGGCUGAGCACUUCCAUGUCAACAGCAGCAAGCACAGACUCAGGCACACGGCCAAGCACUUCCAUGCCUUCAACACCAUCAAGCACAGACUCAGGGUUCAAGACAGAAGGAACUUUGGACCUGAGGCUGGUGAAUGGAAGUGACUGGUGUCAGGGCCGUGUGGAGGUUCUUUACCAAGGCUCCUGGGGUUCCGUGUGUGAUGACUAUUGGGACAUCAAUGAUGCCAGUGUGGUAUGCAGGCAGAUGGGUUGUGGUGGGGCCAUGUCGGCUCUGGGAAGUGCCCAGUUUGGUCAGGGCUCAGGGCCCAUUCUCUUGGACGAUGUGCACUGCUCAGGACAUGAGUCCUACCUAUGGAACUGCCCACACCGGAGCUGGAACUCCCAUGACUGUAACCCUGGGGAGGAUGCUGGCGUCAUCUGCUCAGAAAAGUCAGUCCUCAGGCACAGUGAGGACAGUGAUGGCAAGGAGAGAGAGCUUCGGCAGCCUGCGGUAAUGUCCACAGUGAGGGCACGUGUGAGGCGUCAGCUAGCUGCUCAGUCCCAUCUGACAAUCUGGCCAGCUUCUUCCCACGUGGCCACCAGCCCAACCACCAAUUAUUCCUGUGGAGGCUUCCUGUCCCAGCCAUCAGGACGCUUCUCCAGCCCGUUCUAUCCCAGGAACUACCCGAACAAUGCCCAGUGUGUGUGGGACAUCGAGGUCCAGAACAAUGACUGCGUGACCGUUGUCUUCAGAGAUGUGCAGCUUGAGGGGAACUGUGACUACGAUUACAUCGAAGUGUUCGAUGGCCCCUACCAAAGUUCCCCUCUCCUGGCCCGGCUUUGUCAUGGGGCAAGCGACUCCUUCACUUCCUCAUCCAACUUCAUGUCCAUCCGCUUUGUCAGCGACGGCAGCAUCACCAGGAGAGGGUUCCAGGCUGACUACUCCUCUAGUCCCUCCAACCACAGCACCAAGCUGCUUUGUCUAUCAAAUGAAAUGCAAGUCAACGUGAGCAGGCGCUACCUGCAAUCCCUGGGCUAUUCCGCCAGUGACCUUGUCAUUCCCAACUGGAACAGGGUCUACCAGUGUCAGCCCCAUAUAACAUCAAGCCAGGUGACCUUCACAAUUCCCCACUCAGGCUGCGGCACCACCCAGCAGGUCAGUAAUGACACCAUCACCUAUUCCAACAUGCUCAGAGCAGCUGCUUCAAGCAACAUCAUCAAGAGGACCAAGGACAUCCACAUUCACGUCAGCUGCAAGAUCCUCCAGAAUACUUGGGUGGACACGAUGUACAUUGUUAAUAGCAGCAUCGACAUCCAGGAAGUGCAGUAUGGCCAUUAUGACGUGGACAUGUCCUUUUAUACAUCCUCUUCAUUCUUGCAUCGUGUGACCAGCAGGCAGUACUAUGUGGACUUCAACCAGAACUUGUACCUUCAGGCUGAAAUUCUUCAUGCCAACUCCUUUUUGGCCUUGUUUGUGGACACCUGUGUGGCAUCUCCAUAUUCCAAUGACUUUACAUCUCUGACUUACUAUCUAAUCAGGAGUGGGUGUGUGAAGGACGAGACCUACGCGUCCUACCCUCAGCCCUCGCCCCACAUAGUCCGCUUCAAAUUCAGCUCCUUCCACUUCCUGAACCGCUUCCCCUCUGUGUACCUGCGGUGUAAGAUGGUGGUGUGCAGGGCUCACGACUACUCCUCCCGCUGCCACAGAGGCUGCGUGGUCAGGUCAAAGAGGGACGUGAGCUCCUACCAGGAGCAGGUGGACGUCGUCCUGGGACCCAUCCAGCUUCGACCUCUGCACACCGAGAAGAGGGGCCUGGAGGCACCACAGUAGCUGGAGGCCUGGAUAAUCUUGCCCAGACAAAUGGUGGCUCUGCGACAUGCUAUCAGAGGAAUGAAGGCUCAGGACAACGCUCAGAACUGGGCCCCAAGAACCCAAGCAGACAAGCUAGAAACCUGUGCCCUGAGCAUGGCACCCAGCAGCACCCUGACUCUGUUCACUCCAGCCCAGGCUUAUGGUGGAUGGGGGUUGAGAUGGGGGUAGGGAAAGUCAGGGGCAGCUUUUCCUAAAACCAGGCUCAGUGCUGGGUCAGAAGGUCAGGCCAGCAGCUGCUGUAUCUAAAACCCUGCAUGUGACUGUGUGCCAAUGGCUCACAGGUGCAGAGCUUCCUCUACAGAAUUAUUCUCAGACCUUUUUUUAUAAACUCACUUCUUAGGCCUGUAGUAUACAUCUUAACCUCUUGAUUUAUAGGAGAAGCCGAAUAAAGAAUUUAUUUCAA